AUGUGCAAUUUGGGCUUCGUCCAGUUUCUUACCAAAUCGCACGUCCAAACAAAAACACUCUAUGUUAUUUACGACAUCCUCGAAUACUGGGGAUACCUUGAAAGUACCUGCCCUGGGCUUAUCAACGACAUUCUUCAAGAAAUCAAGAACAGAUGCUCGGACACAGUGGAAUACAGUGCUAAUCUUCGCCGUCGAUGCAAGACCGCUGGACCGGAAUUGGAACACAAGAUGUCGAUGCUGCAAGCGGUAGUUAUCAGACAAUACAAAGAUUCCAACCCUAAGAAUAUCGUCAAAACUAUCACUUACGUCUUCAACGGAGGGUGUAUGAUAGGUGCCUUGGUCCUUGCUCUGCUUUACCUCUGGAAACCCGACGAGUCUUUAUAUGCUUCCUGUUUACAAUGGAUUGGGAUAAUUUGCGCCCACACAGUUAUUAUAACAAUUCAUAUACAUCCGUGCGCGCGCGAUUUUGCCCAAGACGUCAACAACUUGAACAUCAGCGCCUUCCAACUGAUUUGGGCUGUGAGAGACCUGGCAGAGCUACUGACCUGCAUAUCCGAGUCUGAGAAUCCAUCGUUACUUGAUAUGUUGCGUGCCGAGCGGUUCCUAAAAGCUUUCCAAGCAUCGGUGUGUCAUGUUUCUGUUCUUUCUAUCGUUCAUUUCAGCAACUACCCUAUCAAGUUCCUAGGAGGACGUGAAGAAUUAUCAAGGCUUCGGUCGUAUUUGCAGGAGUUGCCCAGCUGGACCGACAAAAACUUUUGCGCACACCAUUGGAACGACCCUGACAAUGUUCUGCUCCAAGGCCACUGUAUCGCUUAUCAGGCACCAUCGACGCGUGCUCAAGGCGUCUUUCCUCACAUUUCUCGACUCUCCAGUGUAGCAGCGACGAGCAUCUGCAUGAAGGUUUCGAGAAUGAUCUCUCGUGGUGACGACGGGAACAUCCAGACGGACCUAUCUCGGCAGAACCUUCGACAUCUCUCCAUUGUGAAACCGGAAGCCAGCACUGCUGCACCUAUUCCUGUCUCUACUGCUUCAGGAGAUGGCCUCUCAACGACGAAUUCCAGCCAAUUCCUGUCUGUCACACAGAUCGCGGAGGAUUCUGCACGAGAAAUGGAUGCUCGGUGACUGGUUCGGUGUAUGACUUGCUGCUAUUCUUCCUCGAACGUAAUUUUGCCUCUACUAGCGUGGUGUCCUUUUCUCUUUCUCUUCCUACGACGCGUUGAACUACAUAGGCUUGAAAUUGAUAUGUAUGGCUCAAACGAAAUGUAUUAUCAAUUUUUUUCGACUGGCAAGUAAGAC